AGUCGGCCUGUGAUGUCCACGGGUGUUGUGCUAAGUGAUUCGCGGUUGCUUUAUUUUCGUUGUUUUUUUGUCGACUCUCGGGGCACGAUUUGAUUGCGCGCACAACGGGAAAUAUGAACAGACUUUGUUAACUACAAUUCUCUGUAAUUUUAUGUGAUAUUAGCAUAAGUUUCGACAAUAGGACAAACAGUGACCAGAUCGACGUUAACAAUAAAUGGAAUUGAGUCAGAAUGAAUUGGAUACAUUCUUCAUUGUUGGCGCUUGUCAUGAGUAUUUUUUUGAUUCAAGCUUCUGAUCCUCCAUACGAAAAACCCACAGGACGUUUUAUCAAAUUUUAUCCCUUAAAAACGCCGGCUCUCAUUUUCACCCCUUUUGUUACAAAUAUACAGAAGACGGAAGAUGAUACAAAAAAAAUUUCCGAUAGACAGUUUUUAAGUACAGACCUACAGCCGCCCACUUUAGAUCCUCAAGAGCUACAACCUCCAACUGUGGACCCACAAAAUUUGUUGCCGCCACCAGUGAACACAUUUACAGAAACUUCUCAGAAUGAUUUUUUGCCUCCUGUUGCUAUUUAUUCUACUUUGCAAGAUUUUCCUACAACCGGAUCGCAAAACACAAACAUUUCUGAAGCUCCAGCUCAAAAUAAUUUGGAUAACAACCUUAAUUUACCCUUAUAUCCUCCAAUUCAUCCUGCACCGUUUGAUACACCCAACGAAGAUCCUCACAAUAAUUAUACUCAAGAACAAUCAUAUAAUACAAAUGAUGCAACGCAGCCCAGUUUCAGUGGACAUCCUGGUGCAGCAGCCAACGCCAACGACGAAGGAUUAACCAGAUUGCAUAACUACUUAAGACAAAUUAACAAUGAAACACAAAGUAACACAAACGAAGGCUUUCAUAAUAAGGGAAAAUCCUCUUACGAAACGUUACUAGAACAAGAUUUCAUCAGGCCACUUCUUAAGUUGUACGAAAAAGAAAUUCAUCUUGAUGAAAAUUAUGCAAUCGCUAACGCAAGUCGCAUUUCUAAAGAAGAUUAUGUUGAGAGUGUUAAACCAGAUAAAAGCAUGGAAAAAGUUGUCCCGGAAGAUAAAAUCAACAACAGGGAAACUGCAAUUGUACAAGUUAAACAAGAUAAUAAACUUUCAGUGCCAAAUGAAGUUAAGUUUGAACAACAGGAAGUUACGUUGCCACACAAGGAAGAAAAAAUGGUUAACAUGGUGAAUGACAUAUUCACAAAACCAAUUCGGAGAGAUGAUUUUAACGUAGUUGAAAAUAGAGAUAAAGAACAUAUUGGAGAAAUCCUCCCUUCAGAUUUUUACCGCAAAAUAUCAAAUAAUAACAGAAUGUUUCAAAACAGACGUCUUAGUCACAUUCCAUUCAAAUCCAACUUGGUGACUCCGGUAGAAAGAUCAGAAAUACUAAGAAUUCCUGUUGUAUUUCCGUCAGGACCGUCUUCAGAAGGCAUAGACGGGAUUGUGACAGAUAACACUAAUAGAGUUAAUGAACAGUAUUAUGCACGCACCCCUAGAUUAAGUUUACCUUUAGUAGAACAUUUUCGCGUUCCUAGAAGAUAUAAGGGAUUUAGGGACAAUUAUUCCGAAGGGCAAAUUUAUUUUGAUCCAUCUGCGCGGUACCAAACCGCUUGGACUGCUUCUUCUAGACGGCCUAGAGUGAUAUUUCCGACAGAACAAGUUGCGUUUAGGGAUCCGGUGCAGAAUCAAGAAGCAGAACCAGAUUGGUUGGCUGGUGAUAGUAAUUUACAGGAUUUACAAGAACAGGAUAUCAGAGACCGAGGGUCCGAAGUCUUCUGUGCUCCUGGCGCAACUUGUGAAUUCUUCCUAUCCUGUUGGCUAUCCGGGGGUCUGUUGGAUCAGCCCUGUGGCGGUUUGCUGAAGGGAUGCUGUUACAGGGGAAGAGUCGCGAAGACGGGACCCAGCGGGCUUUUGGCGAUCGGGACGCUAGAUGCGCCAGUUGAGACACCAAAAGUUCAACAGUUCGCAGUCGCUGACAAUGAUAAUCGUUGUGGAGUAUCUUCACCGCAGGCCCAAAGGAGAAUAGUAGGAGGCGAGGAAGCUGGAUUCGGUACAUUCCCAUGGCAGGCUUAUAUAAGAAUAGGAUCUUCAAGGUGCGGGGGUUCCCUAGUCAGCAGACGUCACGUUGUUACGGCCGGUCACUGCGUUGCUCGAGCAACCCCACGACAAGUACACGUCACAUUGGGAGACUACGUCAUCAAUUCGGCAGUGGAACCGCUUCCAGCCUACACGUUUGGAGUUUCCACCAUACAGGUCCACCCCUUCUUCAAGUUCACCCCGCAAGCAGACAGAUUCGAUGUUGCAGUUCUUCGGCUAGACCGUGCCGCACAUAAUCUACCUCAUAUCACCCCUAUAUGUCUCCCGCCUCGAGGAGAGAACUUCUUGGGGGAGAUUGGAGUAGCUGCCGGAUGGGGUGCUCUUAGUCCGGGUUCCAGAUUGAGGCCACAGACGCUUCAAGCAGUGCAAGUACCUGUUAUUGAAAAUAAACAAUGCGAGCGGUGGCAUAGGUCGAAAGGCAUUUCUGUUACAAUUUAUGAGGAAAUGAUGUGUGCUGGAUACAAAAAUGGUGGUAGAGAUAGUUGUCAAGGAGAUUCUGGAGGACCACUAAUGUUACAAAGAACUGGCAGGUGGUUUUUAAUUGGAAUAGUAUCUGCAGGAUAUUCCUGCGCUCAGCCAGGCCAGCCAGGAAUCUACCACAGGGUGGCGCAUACUGUGGAUUGGAUCACACGAGCGAUCGGCAGCUAAAAUUUCUCUUCUAGAAAAUCUGAUAUUUAUUUAUACGAGAGGCCAUUUUCUGGGUAGAGAAAUGGAACAAAAGAUAUUAACGAGACUCCUUGAGAUAAAAUUUUGUACAUUUUUUCAUUCACAGAUCUAUUUAUGUAUUUAAGAAAUUUAAUGUCACAUAAUUACCUUAUUGAAGCAGGCUGUGAACAAUUUUAUUUAAAAUAAAAUUUUAAAACUGC